AUGGCUUGCCUACAAAUGAGAAAUGGUGAAUAAUCCAUGUUUGGAGACUCAAACAAAUUAUAAAGCAAUCAACUUCGUGCUUUCGGGCGUGAGAUUCAAAAUAUCCCUGACAGUCGCUUUAAUACAAGAUCUUAAUCAAUAAAAGCAAACAUGUAGCCUCACCACGCCUAAAAGCUUAGCAUGGAAUUAGAUACAAAUAUAAAUGAAUAAGAGAACGGAAUGAAAAGAAGUUCUCCUAGAAAAUUUUCAAUGCAUGUGAAGCAUUCCUCCGAAGUUCCAUAAAACCAUUAAAAGAGAAUGUCAAGCUAAAUUGACACUGUAAGCAAUAAUGGAACAGAGCGCUCAUAUUAAACCAAUUAAACUGGCCUUUAAAAUAAAAAUAUUGACAUGAAAAAUAUAGAAUUUGAAUUGAAUAGGAUUUCUAAGGAAGACUCUGAAAAACCAACUUUAGUUGCUUAAUACUCAAAGCAAAUAUUCGAUUAUAUGCGCUAAAGAGAGAUUGCCUUCAAAGUCGGUGAAUACAUGGAAAAAUAAACUUAAAUCAAUGACAGAAUGAGAGCCAUUUUGGUUGACUGGAUUGUGGAAAUACAUAGAAAGUGUAAAUUGUUACCUGAAACUUUAUUUAUUACUGUCAAUUUAAUUGACCGCUUCUUGGAUAGAGCCACAUGCACUAGAGAUAAUUUAUAGCUUGUAGGUGUAACUGCUUUGUUCAUAGCUUCUAAAUACGAAGAAAUAUAUCCUCCUAAUCUUAAUGAUUUUGUUGAAGCCACCUAGAAAGCUUACAGAAAAAAUGAUGUUUUAUAAAUGGAAGGAAGCAUUAUUUGUGCCCUAAAUUUCAACUUAACAGUUCCCACAUCUCUCCGUUUCCUUGAAAGAUACGGACGCGUUGAUAAACUUGAUAAAAAAUCUUUUGACAUGAGCUUAUAUAUUCUUUAACUCUGCUUAGUCGAAUAUAAAUUUGUUAAAUACUCAGAAUCAUUAAAAGCUUGCGCUGCUAUCUAUCUCACAAAUAAGCUAUUUAAAAAGAAUAUUUGCUGGAGUGAUGUCCUCACUGGUCACACUUAACAUACCGAGCAAUAAAUUAGACCUUGUGCUCUCGAAAUGUGCCUUUUACUUCAAUCAGCAUCAACUAACUAAACCCAAGCCGUUCGCAGAAAAUUCCUUAGUUCAGAGUAUAGCGAAGUAGCAACCAUACAAAUUGAAAAAAUGAAUCCUUCAUAAUAAAACACACAAUAGCAUUCAUAUUAAAAUAAUUAAAAUUACCCUCCCAACAUUCCUAAAUACAACUACAGAGAAUAAUAUUGA